AUUGUUUCUCUAAAAGGUUCGUCUAAUCCCAUGACUCAGUUCUUAACAACUUUUGUUACUACCUUUUUCAAAGGCUUUUAUUUUAACUUGAGUGGAUUGUGUUGACCAAUUUCUCCUUUGAGGCUGUAUAGUUUUUAAUUUGUCAAAAAUUGAGUACCUUUGAACAAAUACAGUUCUCCUCCAUGAUAAUGUUUGUUGAAUUAUUCAUUGACCUCAUGGUUUUAGCAUAUGGAGACUUCACAAUUUACCAAGUGGUUUAGAAGUAAAUAUAACACUAACUUAGGGGAACUUGAAAGACCAUGGACAAAAAAGGUGAAAUUCAGAAGAAAUGCAGGUGUUUGAAAUACAGUUAUAUAUAAGCAAGCAGCAGGAGCAACAAUAAUAUCACAGCGUUUGUCUUUAGUGUGUUGGACCCUCCACAUUGAAGACCCUGGUUAUCAUCUUCCCAGUUUACAGGGGGAAGUUGUUCCAUGUAUGGUAGGCAGGAUUCUCAGAUAGGAGCUUCAGUGCCCACAGGCUGCGGUCCUGAGGUCUGAUGGCUUGGGAAGACUCCGAGGGCAAAGGAGGGAGAGUCCUGUGGCCGUAGCCUCAGAGGGGAGUGGGUCAUUGCAAGGGUAGCGUGGUUAACACACAGAGAAAGGCCAGUAAUCACUGAGCCUUCUGAAGGAGACUUGGGCUAUUGGUCAUAUUCUGCAAGGAGUGACAGAUCAAGAGGCAGUGUUUAAAUCUUUGGAAAAAUGCCUCUUGAACUUUACAUGUUCUCAUUUCCCCUCCUCCUUCACUAAUUUCUAUACAAAGAAUACUGGCAGUGGAUUUUUUUUUAAAGUUAAAUCUUUACCACAACUUUAUUGAAGUUCACUGUUCCAUUUGAUUCAUGUGUGUGGUGUAUUCUGGGGUAGGUAUAUAUGAGGGACAUUAAACGUGAGUUUAAUGAUAGCAUUUUAGUGACUUUGGGAAAGCACAUAGCUGAGAUAAUUUAAGAUGAAUGCAAGGAAAAAAGAAUCACUCAAACUUGAUCAGUUGAUCUGAAAUAACAUUUUAAAACUUGAGUCAUUUGGAAGGAAGAACGGGGACAUAUCCCUAAUUGUAUGGUCCAACAAAGCAUUGAAUUUAAAUCGUUGAGAAAGGCCAGAAAGUAUGCCCUGAAAACCCAAUAAAAAGCUCUCAGGAGAGUUUUUCAUCAACUUACAGGUUUCCUCCAGCAUCUCAGGGCCUCAUCUCUUGUAAUGGGGCGAUCAGAAUGUGCUGGAAAGGCCGGAACUGAAGCGACCGCCACUGCUGUGUUUUCUAGGCUGUUUGCAACCUGCCACAGCUGUCACUGUCUGCCAGUCAAAGGGUGGAGUUGAACUUACUCUUUGUAGAUGUGAAAGAACGGGAAGGUCAUUUCAUUCCUUGUUGAUAAAGGUUCAGACUUCUGCUGAAUCAUAACCAUUUGGCGCUGAGCUAUGACAAGACAGGAAACAAAAAGUUAAACCAGCAAGCCCGCGUACACAAGAAGCCAUCUUCAUUUAUUGGAAACAUAUUGAAGAACUUUUUCUCCCUCUAGUCACCAGAAAUGAAAAACUUUGAUAACAUGCUUUUGAGAAGUUCAGGAAACUUAAAUGUGGGAACCAAGAAAGAGGAUGGUGAGAGCACAGCCCCCACCCCUCGGCCGAAGAUCUUGCGAUGCAAAUGCCACCACCACUGUCCAGAAGACUCUGUCAAUAAUAUUUGCAGCACAGACGGGUACUGCUUCACCAUGAUAGAAGAAGAUGACUCUGGGACACCUGUGGUCACUUCCGGAUGUCUGGGACUAGAAGGCUCAGAUUUCCAGUGUCGGGACACUCCCAUUCCUCAUCAAAGAAGAUCCAUCGAAUGCUGCACAGAAAGGAAUGAGUGUAAUAAAGACCUGCACCCUACACUGCCUCCACUGAAAAACAGAGACUUUGUUGAUGGACCUAUACAUCACAAGGCCUUACUUAUUUCUGUGACUGUCUGUAGUUUGCUGUUGGUCCUUAUCAUUUUAUUCUGCUACUUUAGGUAUAAAAGACAAGAAACCAGGCCACGUUAUAGCAUUGGACUGGAACAGGAUGAAACUUACAUUCCUCCAGGAGAAUCCCUGCGAGACCUGAUUGAGCAGUCUCAAAGCUCGGGAAGUGGAUCAGGCCUCCCUCUGCUGGUCCAAAGGACAAUAGCAAAGCAGAUUCAGAUGGUGAAACAGAUUGGAAAAGGUCGUUAUGGAGAAGUCUGGAUGGGAAAGUGGCGUGGUGAAAAGGUAGCUGUGAAAGUGUUCUUCACCACAGAGGAAGCCAGCUGGUUCCGAGAGACAGAAAUAUAUCAGACAGUGCUCAUGCGGCAUGAAAACAUUUUGGGGUUCAUUGCUGCAGAUAUCAAAGGGACAGGGUCCUGGACCCAGUUGUACCUCAUCACAGACUAUCAUGAAAAUGGUUCUCUUUAUGAUUAUUUGAAGUCCACCACCCUUGACACUAAAUCAAUGCUAAAACUAGCCUACUCCUCUGUCAGUGGCCUAUGCCACUUACACACUGAAAUCUUUAGUACUCAAGGCAAACCAGCGAUUGCCCAUCGAGACCUGAAAAGCAAGAACAUCCUGGUGAAGAAAAAUGGAACUUGCUGUAUAGCUGACCUGGGCCUGGCUGUUAAAUUUAUUAGUGAUACGAAUGAAGUUGACAUACCGCCCAACACGCGGGUCGGCACGAAGCGCUACAUGCCUCCAGAGGUGCUGGAUGAGAGCUUGAACAGAAAUCACUUUCAGUCCUACAUCAUGGCUGACAUGUAUAGCUUUGGACUCAUCCUUUGGGAAGUUGCGAGGAGAUGUGUUUCUGGAGGAAUCGUGGAAGAAUACCAGCUUCCCUACCAUGACCUGGUGCCCAGCGACCCUUCCUAUGAGGACAUGAGGGAGAUUGUGUGCAUCAAGAAAUUGCGCCCCUCAUUUCCCAACCGGUGGAGCAGCGAUGAGGUAGGACUUCAGUGUCUCAGGCAAAUGGGAAAGCUCAUGACUGAGUGCUGGGCUCACAAUCCCGCAUCCAGAUUGACGGCCCUGCGUGUGAAGAAAACGCUUGCCAAAAUGUCAGAGUCCCAGGACAUUAAGCUCUGAUGGAGAGGGCAGGACACACUUCCAGUGAAUGCUGACGGGUGCUGCGCUGCGUAUGGCAGAGCGCACACUGGGUGUUAAAGCAUCUUCAGUACCAGCCUUGAACACCAUCCUCUUCCUCUUCUGCAGGCUCAGACCUCACCUGUGUCUUGGAGAGCAGUUGGUGGAGCCAGGAGCCAGGAGCUCCUGUUAGCAGGUUCCCCAGGUCUGUUGGAGGAGGGAGACAUUGGGUGACUUGUUCAAGAUAUGCAUGUUGCUUUCUAGGAAAGCCCUGGAUUUUGGGAUUGCCAUUUUUUAAAAAAAGAUACGUUAAUUUUGCCAAAAUAAAGAUUGUAGAUACUUCAAGGUUUAUAACUAUUAUAGUUUAAAAAAUUAAAACAAAAUUUCUUCCCAGUAACUGUUGGAAGGUAAAUUAAGAUACAUUUUUCCAUUGGUAAAAUACCAUUGUACUUGGCAAACACAAGAGGGUCUGUGCAGUCGAACAGAGACUGGAGCCCAUCUCUAGCACAACCACCCAGCCUCCUCACACCGCUUGUCCAGCCUUGCCUCUGGGGCCACCUUGCAAUGCGAGUGCACCAGGGACCACACUUUGGAGUUUCUGAGAUGGGCUUUGCAGCUUCAAACAGUGCUCAGUGCGGGUCCUGGAACUCUCCUGCAGUGCGCGUGGGUGUCCUUCAGAGCCACUUUGGUGUCUCUGGUCAUGGUGGGCAGUUCAUUCAUGGUAAAAUCCCUUUGUUUCCGUGACACAAGCAAAGCCUAUUUUUUUUUUUUUUUUGUGCAGAGAGUGGACUUGCAUGUUUUUAAUCUCUCAAGUCAGAAGAUCAAUAUUUUUAAAAAUUGCCAUAAGUUGUAUUAAAGACUUAGUGCUUUAGAAUAGCAUUCAUCUGUUCUUACUGUGUACAAACAACGUGUCAGUGAGGUAGGGGAGGAGAUGGAGAGCAUGGAUGGCCUGUUUUUUCCAUUUGCAAAGGAGCUAAUCUCAGAAGCACAAGAAAAGGAUGCACACCUUAUUGUAUAGAUAAGGAUGGUUCGUUAUUGUCUCUUUUUUUUUGUAUCUGAGUUGAAGGAUAGAGGGAAGCACUUGUCAGGUUACUUCACUGAAUUUUAAUUUCAAAAUGGACAAAAAUAACCUGCAUAUAGAACAACAAAAGAGAGUAGUGGAGGCCACGAAAUAUUGCGGCUGCUGUGAUUUAUUAUUCUAUAAAAGUUAGAGAUGGACUGGGGACAACUGAAGUGAUUAUUUACACUUUAGGAAUGGCAACUCAUCUGAUUCUCCCGAUGUGCUAUUCACUAUUUAUUGUUUUCCCUUCUACGUAGCACUAUACAGAACAUCCCUUCACAGGGUUUUGACUUUUGAGUACCAUGAGUAAAAUCACUGACAGGCCAGUUUUCCUUAGCAGUAGGUAUAUAAUGAAGCUUAAAGCUAUCCUCACUCCUUUUGAUUUUAUCCAUUUUAUUUUCUUACUAUUGUUGUUCUUUACUUGUUAGAAAUUCCUUAGUGCUUGCUAAGGAAUUUGGAAGCACUUCCCCACUGGCCUUUGAAAAAGCUAUUUCCUUCCAGAAUACUCCAGGGGGCAGUGUUUCCUAACACCCAGUGACUGCAGGAUGGAGCAGUUUUGAGAAAUUGACAGCUGAGUGGAAAAUGAAAAAGCCUUCCUCUCCUUUCGGAAGUCAGCUUGCAGCUGGUGACUUGCUCAUCUAGAAGACCUUGUGGAGCCAGGAGUGUGAGCGCAUCAUGCUCACAGUUUGGAAAACACAAGAAACACAUUGACUUCCCAGGGCUUUGUAGCCACACUUUGUUUUUUACUAAAAAAGAAUUUGGAAUUGGAAAGGAAUUAUUUUUCAGAGUGAGAGCAACUUGGUAUGGAUAUACUUGUAGUCAGAACACUGCUCUGAUUGAUGUUCAAAUAGCCUCAGUAGCAAUGUAAAGGUUUCUCUGUUGGAUUGUAUACUGUGUGAUAGUUUAGGUGGAAUAUAUAUGCUUAGAAAUAAGUCUGAGAAUUAUCUGAGAUUUUUUUGAGAAAUUUCAGUGCCUCUAAUCAGAUCAUCUAAAAACAAGUAAGUGAACAUUUAUUCCAGUUAAAUGGUUAAAUGGGCACAUUAUGGUAUUUUUCACAUUUUCUGUGAUUUGAGAUUGGGCUUAUCUUCUAGAUAUAAUGUUGUUUACUUUCUGGUUAGUUCUUGAACAUGAGAAACUUCAAAUCAGACCAUUUUAUAGGAAAGUGAUCACUAUUAGAUUUUUAGGGUUUCUGUAAAAAAAAAGGAAAUUUAAAAGUAAACAAAUUUCUUCAGUAUUAUUUAUUUGGUUGUUUUCAUGAAAAUUGGUAGCUUACCUUUUAAUCUCUAACUUGAUUUAGUCACUGUAAAAAUUUUAAAAUUAUUCCCAAGAUACCUAAAAAGACCCAUUUAGGUAGUAUGUCUUUGAAUGAGACAAGAAUUUAUUUUGACUAGAUUUUCUGUGUGUCUUACCAAAAUCUUAUGUAACACUAAAGUGCUCUUAAAGACUACCUACUCAUUUCGUAACAACUUUUAUGAUUCUUAAGUGUCUAGCAGCUCAGUAGUCAAUUUUAUUAUUGUUUUAUCUUUUGUUAAAUAAGUGGGAACCUGGAAAUGAGUAAAGUAGUUGAUUGCAUCUUUUCAAACAAUUUCCAAAACUUUCUUCUAACUCCUCUCCCCUAAAGGUAUCCUAUGUUGUGUUGUUAGGUAAACUUUGUAUGCUAAGAUGUCCGGGUAUAUAGCUUAUGUAUGUGUGUAUAUAUUAUAUAAAUAUAGAUGUAUAUAUAAAUAUUGAUUAUGUUCAGUCUGGAGUCUGGCACAACUCCAUUAUGUGGGUUAGAGAGUAAAAUAUUAUGGCUGAUAAAGUACUAAAUGAAACAUAAUAUUUAUUUAUGAAAGUGUGUAGAUUGUUGGAUAAGAAGUGCAGUGUUGUAAACACUGUGUAUGAGGAGACAGGCCUUGGCGCUGCUUGGAAGUCAGGAGUGACUGUUUUGUGUUCUUCUUUUUCUUUUUGUUUUAAUUCCUCAAACAGGAAGCAUCUUAGAGAACAUGCUGAGAUUUUAUUUACAGGGAGUUCUCCGACACAUUUUAAUUGGUGUGUAGUCAAGUAUAACAAGUGCUCACUAAUGACUGGAUCUCAUGUUCCAGAGCCGUGCAUAUUCAUUAGGGCUUUGAUGUUAGUCUGUUCUGGCUCCUCUUUGUUUGUUGGUGGAGACGCAGAGAAGGACAGUUUUUUAAACUUGAACAUGUUCAGUAGUUUCACCUCCCCAGAAAGAAAACUCAGUCCUGCACUAGUGAAAAUGACAGGAACAACAUCAAAAGUGAUUUAAUUUAACAAUUACAAUCUCUCUUGUAAAACAGAACAAACAAAGAAAAUGCUAUAUAUUUGGAGAAAAGCUGGCAAUAUAUAGGGAAUUUGUUGUUUGUCUCAAAAGAAGAGUCAUUUUUGUUCUUUUGGGGAACCAGUGCCUUACAGAAUUUGUAUAUACUGUAAUUAUUCAGGACAAGGGAACAAACAACUGUAUUGUAUUUGUUACAAAUUGUAUAUGGCUUUGUUUUAAUGUUCCCCUAAAUAAAAUGGUUUCAUUCUCCCCAUAGAGAAAACAUGA